AUGGCCGACCUCGAGAAAAACCCAUACACAACCUUCGACCCCGAGGUCCACUACGCAACCGCCUCCCUCGACACCGCCGACACAACCACUUCCCUCCCCGCCCCCCUCCAAAAACUCCACCGCCUCGCCCAAAAACUCGAUAUCGAAACCCGCGGUAUCGAACCCGUCCCCGAAAACCUCCGUACCCCGGCUUCGCUAUGGAGUGCCGGAUCAAUGUGGCUCGCCGCAAACCUCGUCAUCUCGACAUUUACCAUCGGCACACUCGGGUCCGCCAUUUUUGGAUGUGCGUUCUGGGACUCGAUCGCGACCAUUAUUUUUUUCAAUAUGUUGGGGAUUAUACCCGUUGCUUAUUUCUCGACCUUUGGCGCAAAGAUGGGAAUGAGGCAGAUGGUCAUCACACGCUAUUCCUUCGGCUACGUCGGCGCAUGGGGAAUCUCGCUGUUGAACGUAAUCGCGUGUGUCGGAUGGUCCGCAACGAACGUCAUCGUCGGUGCACAACUCAUCAAAGCCGUCAACAAUUCCUUUCCGUUAUGGGCCGGAAUCGUAAUCAUUACACUCGCUACAGUCGCAAUCACGACAUUCGGCUACAAAGUCGUCCACAUCUACGAAAAAUGGUCCUGGAUCCCAGCGUUUAUCAUCUUCCUCAUCAUGAUCGCCGAAAUCGCUCGGUCGGGUGCAUUCCAAAUCACGCCCAUGCCUACGGGCGCGACGGAAGCCGCGUCCGUUCUCUCGUUCGGUGGAACGAUUUAUGGGUUCGCGACGGGAUGGACGUCGUAUGCGGCUGAUUACACGACGUAUCAACCACGCUCAAUAUCCUCCUGGAAAGUGUUUGCGUCAGUGUAUAUCUCCCUCCUCUUCCCCCUCUGCUUCGUCGAGUUUAUCGGUGCAGCAGCGAUAACCAUGAUCGACACCCCGAAAUACGGGGACGCAUACACCGCCAACUCAAUCGGCGGUCUCGUCGGCGCGAUCCUCUCCCCCCUCGGACGGUUUGGCUCAUUCUGCCUCGUGGUGAUGGCACUAUCGAUUAUCGCCAACAACUGCCCAAACCAGUACUCCUUCGGUCUCAGUGUCCAAACCUGGGGCGGCUGGUUCCAGCGUAUCCCACGCUUCAUCUGGAAUGUAUUGGGGGCCGGGAUUAUCAUCGCCAUCGCAAUCCCAGGAUCAACACGCUUCACAACCGUCCUCGAAAACUUCCUAAACCUAAUCGCAUACUGGCUCGCGAUCUACUUCGUCAUCGUGCUCGAAGAACACCUCAUUUUCCGCCGCGGGCAAUUCUCGAACUACGACCUGAGCGCGUGGAACUCGCCUUCUAAACUUCCUGUUGGUGUGGCGGCGGUUGGGGCGUUUUGUGUUGGUGUUGCGGGGUUUGUCGUUGGGAUGGAUCAGGUGUGGUUCGUGGGCCCGGUUGGGAAAGGGAUUGGGGCGUUUGGGGGGGAUGUUGGGUUUGAGCUUGCGGCGGCGUUUGCGGGGGUUACGUAUCCGGUGGCGAGGAUGGUGGAGAAGAGGUAUUUUGGGAGGUAG